GUGCAGGGGACACGGACGACCAGACGGAUUUUGGUCCGCGACGAGGUGCGCGAGUACGCGGAGCUGCGGCUCCGCUUCGCAGCCCCCGUCUACGCGCUGGCCUGCGAGCAGAAGGACACGAUGCCGUGUACAUAGCUGCGGCGGGGCAGUGCGCUCGGUGCCCGUCCGACUGCGUGCUGACGAGCCUCCUGAUGCGCGAGCCGCCUGUGCCUGGUCUCUUGCCGGAGGACGAGGCGCAGCCGGAGUGCAUCUGCGGCCUGUCCUUCGAGGAGGUGCUGUUGCGCGCGCAGUCCCUGCCCGGCGUCAUGGGCGUCGGCGGCUUUCCGAGGAUCCCCGCGGAGCUGUCGAACCGCACCACGGUCCAGGCCUACGGCACGGCGAUCUGGCAACACGCCUCCCUGAUGGGGCACCUGCAGUGCGCCUCGAGCGCGCCGUGGACCGCGGUGCAGCGCUACGGGCUGAACGGCCCUCCCCUGGAGGAGUCGCUGUGGUGGCUCCGCCGGUUCGAGACUUCCUUCGGCCUUGAGUCGGUGGAGGCGCUGCUCGCUAACGCGUCGGCCAACUACCAAGCCAACUUGGUGGUGCUCCUGCUGCCGGUCUCGCGGACGCAGAACGGCCAGCGGAUCAAAAUCGGGCCUAACAUCGACGAGCUGCAAGGCUGCACGCUGGAGCUGCCGCUGCUCGAGGGGCCCCAGGGCCAGCCCGUGGCGAGCCCGCAGCUCGGGACCGUGGGCGCGCCCACGGAGCCGUGCAGCCUGGCAGCCCUGGCCGCCACGCGCCGCCAGAUUGAGGCGAUCCUCGAACAGGUGCCGAGGGCCACGACACAGACCUUGCGGUGCAAGGAGGACUGGACCACCUCCUGGGUGCCAGGCGGCCGCCGCCGCUCCGGGGGCCAGUUCGGCCGCUGGUCUAUGGCCGGCUCCUUCUCCGAGGUCGGGAAGGAGUCCUGGAGGGCCAAGCGCGUCGGCUCUCUUGCCGUGCGGUCCGACUUCUCGGCGGCGCUCGCGUCCACCUACUGCGCCACGUACAGGGACCAGAUGAAGUUGGUGGCGCACAACCUGAGGGAGCGGUCGCUUUCCUACUCGGCUUCGGACGCCGUGACUGGCUGCUGGGCCCUGAUGGAGCGCCUCAUCUCCUUCGAGGACAGGCAGGUCUGGAAGAUGACCGACACCUGCACGUACCAGCCGUCGGAGGAAGGCUUUUGGUCCGACGCCUGCUGUAACCAGCAGCUGACGCGCACCCAGUGCUGCAUGGUGAGGAACACCACGACGGAGGAGAGGGUCCCCACUGGUGCCAACUACCCGCUGCUGGCGAAGACGUGUCGCCAGGACCCUUCUGGGUACGGUGGGCACUUGAAGUCGGCGGUGGCCGCGGCGUUGUCGUGGCAGCGGAGGCUGUCUGGUAGCGCCGGGCCGCAGAGCUGCUGGAGGGCUCUCAUGCUCUCAGAGAUGGCCAACAUCGACGUAUGGCGUACUGUGCAGCGCUGCCACGACGACGUCAUGGGGCGGUACGACCGAGAGCUGCGCAUGUACGCGGGCGCUCCCUGCCUGGUAGACGCCGACUGCUUCACCGAGUGCCAGAAGCCG